GCGGCUCUCUCUGCCUGCAGACGCCCGAGCGGCAGCAGGAGCCCCGGCCAGCCGCGCACCGCCGAGCCCCGGACCCCCAGCUCAUUCCGCCGGGGACCCGCCCCCGGAGGCCGCCCACCGCGGGGAGCGGAUCGCGGAUCGCGGCCGAGGGGCCGGGCCGGGGGCGGUGCGGGGGCCGGGGCGGGCCCGGGCGCGGCUGCGGGGGGCGGCGGCCGCCCGGCCCCGGGUGCGUGAGGCGCUGCCCGCUCCGCUCGCCGCGCCGCCUGUGCCGGGGGUCGCCGCUCGCCCGCCGGCACCUCCCGCCCGGCGGAGGGGGCGCGGAGAGCUCUCCCCGCCAUGGCUUUCACCUUCGCCGCCUUCUGCUACAUGCUGUCGCUGGUCCUGUGCGCCGCCCUCAUCUUCUUCGCCAUCUGGCAUGAAAAAACAUGGCUCGGGCAGAGGCAGAACAAACUUCCUGCAGUGAUUUGCAAUGUGGAUUCACAGGGAAAAUUCCCCAAGACUGAAGAUAAUUGCCUUCGAUGAGCUUCGGACAGACUUCAAGAGCCCUAUCGACCAGUGCAACCCAGCCCAUGCAAGAGAGAGGCUGAGGAAUAUUGAGCGGAUUUGCUUCCUCCUGCGAAAGCUGGUGCUGCCGGAGUACUCCAUCCACAGUCUUUUCUGCAUAAUGUUUUUAUGUGCUCAGGAGUGGCUCACGCUGGGGUUAAAUGUUCCUUUGCUUUUUUAUCACUUCUGGAGGUAUUUUCGUUGCCCAGCAGAUAGCUCAGAGCUGGCCUAUGAUCCACCUGCAGUCAUGAACGCAGAUACCUUGAGUUACUGCCAGAAAGAGGCCUGGUGUAAGCUGGCCUUCUACCUCCUUUCCUUCUUCUACUAUCUCUACUGCAUGAUCUACACUCUGGUGAGCUCUUAACUGAAACAUCCUCACUAAGGACUGAAAACAACAAAGGCUGGAGGUGCAAGGACGAGUGAACCAAGGAAUGCAUGAUUUAAAAAAGCAAAGAGGAAAACUUUGAACCCAAGCAGUAAAUAUGGUACAUGAAAAAGAGAUCCAGCAAAGAGAAGCAGAAUACCAUGGGAAAAUGGCUGAGUUAAUUCUGUUUAUCUCCUGUUUCUCAAUGUAUUGCAGCAAAUGAUUUUCAAAACCCAAGCAAACAAAACAAAUUGCAACAACAUGGGCCAAAUUAUACAACUAUUCACCUUUCCAGGGAUAAUGCUGCUUGGUUUAGUGGAUUCAUUAAAACGACAAUGCCUAUAGUCUCUGCUGUCUUCCAGGAAGCAACAUUUGUUUUCUUAAGGACUAUUCUGGACUGAGGAAGCACAGGACAAGAUGAUCUUACACAGAAAGAAGAGCUGUACAACAUUCUGAAAACAAGCAGUGAGUGGACUUUGGAUAAGAUAUGUGACUGUCCUGCAGGGCUGUUCUCAUGACACUAGUCAAACAGGGAUGUCAAAUCUCGUGGAACUGCUUCAGUGGUUUUGGUUUGUUGGAUUUUUUUGUCCCCAACCAAAACAACAAUAACAAAAGAAUUUGCAGUUUCAGUGUUCUGUAUUCUAACUGUAUGCUAUUCCUGCAGGUGAACAUCCCGUAUAUUUCUGUACUUCAUUUGUGAUGCACCAACACCAUACAGUGAGAUGUAGAAAUACAUUGGGUUUAACCUAAUCAGGCCAAGCACUUACCAGAAUAGUGUUCCUCUGACUGAAAAAAAAAACCUCAAACCAGGUAAAAGCUGCAUAUAUUUAAAGAGGAUUGUAACAUAGCUAUUAUAUUCAUCACAAUGCUGGAUAGCAAAUACUGGACCAGCUAAUUGUAAUUCUGUUUUGCAGUUUUACUUCUGCUGUAAAAUUUAGGCUGGAACAAA